ACUGCGGGUCCUUGCUGCACCCCGGGGAGCAGGCAGGGGUCCUGGCGGUGUCCUCCGGCUGCAGUCAGGGUGGUACAGAGCGCUAAUUCAUCCAGUGCAGGAAGUUCUCUCCAGCUGUUUACAUAUUCAGUACAGCCUCCUCCUCCUCCUCGUCUCCAGCUCAGACCUGUCCGACAUCUACACCCCGGCGCCCUGAAGGAGGCAGCUCCGCGGUUGACAUUGUGAUUGGCGGCACAGAUGGAUUUUUCGGAGGAUUCUGUGGAAACGUGGCCGGUCCUGUCCUGGGUGUCGUCCUCUGUCAUGGUGUUUGGCGGUGUGUUCCCAUACAUCCCCCAGUAUCAGGAGAUUAAGAGGACGUCUAAUGCGGAGGGGUUCUCCACCUGGGUCUGCUUUGUUCUGCUGGUUGCCAAUAUCCUCCGGAUAUUUUUUUGGUUUGGGAAGUUCUUUGAGUUCCCUCUCCUCCUGCAGAGCCUCUUGAUGAUCGUCACCAUGUUAUGGAUGCUGCAUCUCUGCUGCGCUGUGCAGACCGUGAACCGCGUGUCAACCAAGUAUCGCGCCUUCAUCGACUUCAAGCUGGCGGACUUCUGGGAGUGGAGCCGCUUUGAGGAUUACCUGCAGUUCUGCCUGUCGCUGACCGUCCUUGGUGCCCUCCUCACGUACUGCCUCCUGGAUGUCCCCAUCUUUGUGGAGGCCCUGGGGUUAGUGGCCCUCCUCACUGAGGCAACGUUAGGACUCCCUCAGCUGCUGCAGAACCUCAGGAACAAGUCCACGCGAGGCAUGAGUGUCCAGAUGGUCGUGCUGUGGACUGCGGGCGACUGCUUCAAGACCUUGUACUUCAUCAUCAAGGCCACGCCCGCUCAGUUCUGGCUGUGCGGGGCCCUGCAGAUCUGCCUGGACGCGCUCAUCCUCCUCCAGGUCUGGUUCUACAAUCCACAGACUCACAUCAAGUUUGGCUGAGGAGCUGACAAUCACCAGACGGCAGGGUAUCUGGCUUGGGGCCACAGAUAUACCGAGCGCCCAGACAACUUAUCUACAAUGAUGGGACUCCUCGGGAUCUGGAGGUUAUAACAGGUCGGAACAGGGGCCCCAGAGGAAAAGGAUAACUGGGCCCCUAAUAACUACCUAACGGACCCCUCCCCCAUCACACACUAACCCUGGUGAUCCCUGAACUCCCUCUGGCAGGGUCUCAGACUUGACAGGGCUGUAUUCAGCAGGGGGCGCUCUCUGCAGAGCCACUGCCUACCCCACAGGAGCGAACUGGACUCCGUCACUGCAGUCACUUCAGGGGAUCAUCACGUGCCGAUCUAUGAAUGUAAAAUAUAUUAUAACCGAAGAUAAAAAGAAAGGUCGCCGCACGCCGCUCUGCAGUAUAUAUAUAAUGUGCA